UCUCGUCCGGCUGCGGAACUUGGACCUCGGUGGAGAGGCGGCCGCUCGGGCCGUGGGGAGGUGGAGUGUUCUCCUUCACUGGGGUUCCCAUGCGGGAUUUUCUGUGUGCCGAAGGGAAACACUUCACCGCUCGACUCGCGGUGACUGCGGCCUGGCAGUCCCGGCUUGCGUUCCAGUGAGCACCGGUGCGAGGCGGCUGGCGGGGCCUCUCCUGCCUGCGCCUAUGCAAGCCAGCGGUCCAGCUGGGAGCUUGACUUUGAGGGUCUGUAUUCACCCUGCUGCAUUAUGUUAAAGCAGGAAACGAGAUUCUGUCUUGGAUGCUGCAUAGCCUGUUUUUCUCUGGAUGUUAUCUAUAUUCUCCGGUAUCGGGACUUGAAUUCUAGGCCUGGACGCUGUUCCUGAGCUCUUUUACUCAAAGUUGGCGCUCUGCCACUUGAGCCACCGCUCUACUUCAGGAUUUUUUGCUGGUUAAUUGGAGUUAAGAGUGUCACGGACAUUCCUGCUCCGUCUGGCAGAUCUCAGCCUCCAGUGUAACUAGGAUGACAGGAACCCAGUCUCCCCUCAUGAAGCAAAUAUAAAAGUAGAGAGGAUGUUGACUGACUUCCCAGCACAUUAUUAUCAGGACUCCUUGAGCUUUGAUGAUGUGGCUGUGGGCUUCACCCUGGAGGAAUGGAUCUUACUGGAUCAAACUCACCAAGAGCUGUACAGAGAGGUGAUGCUGGAGACCUACCGGAACCUAGCCUCCCUUGGACAUGAGCCCAUCAAACCCAGUCUAAUCUCCUGGUUGGAAGAUCUGUGGCCUGUGCACAGUGAAGAUCUCCAUGACUGUGAAAUGCACCUUAGCACUAACGAGCCAACAUUUCAGGAGGACUCUUUGAGGAGACAUACUUCCAAUGGGAUACAAACAGCCGCGAGCCCCCGCGCAGAGGCCCUCCGUUGUCAUGCGCAGGGUGGAGAGAUCUUCAGUGAACACUCGUAUUUCAGGACCCCCGUGAAGGCUCACCACCCUGGGAACACGGCAGGCCCUUGCAGCGGUUCCAGCAAGGCGGCGCCGGUUCCCACGCAUGCCCUCAAAACCCACGCAUGUGAACUGUGCGGCAAAGCCUUCGGGCGCUCCUCCAACCUCAGCCGACACCUGCGCACGCACACGGGCGAGAAGCCGUACGAGUGCAAGGAGUGCGGCAAGGCCUUCACCACCUACUCGCGCCUCGUGGAGCACUUCCGCACCCACACGGGCGAGAAGCCCUACAAGUGCAAGGACUGCGGCAAGGCCUUCGGCAAGCGCUCGGGGCUCAUCACGCACCUGCCCACACACGCCGCCGACAAGCCCUACGCCUGUCCGCAGUGCGGGAAGGCCUUUGCCUCCUCCCCACGCCUGGCCCAGCACCUCCGCAUCCACAGCGGGGAGCGGCCCUACACCUGCAAGGAGUGUGGGCGGGCCUUCCUCACCUCCUCCUACCUGCGCAACCACGUAGGGAGGACCCACAGCCGCGAGAGGCCCCACCUGUGCGGGCACUGCGGCAAGGCCUUCCACGCCUACUCCUACCUCCGCAGGCAUGCGCGCAUCCACAGCGCUGAGCGGCCCUAUCUGUGCAAGGAGUGCGGGAAGGCCUUCCUCAACUCCUCCUACCUCCACAACCACAUCCGUAAGACGCACAGCGCGGGCCGGCCCCACAUCUGCGACGAGUGCGGGAAGGUCUUCCACGCCUCCUCCUACCUCCGGAGGCACACCCGAACCCACAGCGGGGAGCGGCCCUGCAUCUGCACGGAGUGUGGGAAGGCCUUCCUCAACGCCUCCUACCUGCGGAAGCACCUGAGCACGCAUGCCGGGGACAAGCCCUACGACUGCAAGGAGUGCGGGAAGGCCUACAGCCGGUCCAGCCUGCUGCACGACCACUUAAAGACGCACCUGGUGGAAAAGCCCUUUGAAUGCGAAGUGUGCGGGAAGGCCUUCCAGUACUUCUCCUACCUCACCAAGCACAUCCGCAUUCACACCGGAAUAAAACCCUAUAAGUGUAAGUACUGCGGGAAAGACUUCACCACGUCCUCCAGCCGGACCGAACACGUGCGUACGCACACAGGGGAACGGCCCUACGAGUGCAAGGAGUGCGGCAAAGCCUUCAGCUCCUCCUCCAACCUCAUCCAUCACGGCAAGCUCCACAGCCGAGAGAAACCCUCAGCAAGGGACGUGGAACAACCUCCGGGAGCUACUAACUGAGCAUCUACUAACCGACAGGAACAGCAAGGGCUUGAGAUGGAAGGAAAGCUGACAGUCCUUUAGGAAUUCUCAUCUUCAACAUCACUCUGGAAUGUUCACUGGGGAGAAACCUCAUUAAGAUAAGGGAUAUGGAGCAGGCACUGGAGGCUCAUGCCCAUAACCCAGCUACUCAGGAGGCAAGCCAGCCAGGGCAG